AUGGGGUUUAAUGAUAGCCGCCCAAUGAAGACAGAGGCUCCUGAGGUGAAGAGCCGCGUAUUUCAGCUGAACACUGAGGAGGCCCGAGUUGCGCAGGACGUCGUGACUGGGACCUUUUUGGUCAAUGGAUUGUUUGCUCAUGUUCUUUUUGAUUCGGGGGCUACCCCAUCAUUUGUAUCUCUUUCACUUGGCAAGAAGUUUCAAGAUGCUCUAGGGAUUUUGGAUUCCCCACUUGAGGUGGAGAUUACAGAUGACCGUACCGUGAGCUCUAUGAGGGUAUUUCGGAGGAGUAUUCUGAAUAUGUUCGGUGAGAUAUUUCCUAUCAAUUUGGUGUCGAUUCCCUUGAGGGGAUUGAAAGCAAUUAUCGAGUUGGACUGGUUGGGGCCUAAUGGGGCCAUAAUAGAUUGUGAGCGGUAG